AUGGACUAUGAAAGGCCUAUUCUGGAGACGGAGCCCAAUGUUGACCAAGUGGACUAUGAAAUUAAAGUGAUGAGCGUGACGCCGAACAUUUUUGUGCCGGCAAACAAGGCUCAAAAGGCGAUGUACUGUUAUCGUAAUGCUUUUGGAGGCAAACGUUUGAGCUACACCACCAUUUCGGAGCAAGAGGAUGAUAUCCUGUGCGUUGUUAUCAAAUCACCCUUGUUGAAUGUACACAACUCCAUUGACAUCAGAGCAACAAAGAAUUUUGCAGAGAGGAAUGAAUGCAACGUGUUGAGAGAUGCUGGCGAGGACCCUCUGUGUCCGGGUGUGCUGGUGGCCACUGUCACCGACCCUUUCAAGUUUGUUUGGCAACUUAGUAACUCUGUGGGUGGUCUAGGGAUAGAUUAA